AGUGACGUGUGGACCCAUUCAGAAGUCCGUAGAGAAGUUGUGUGUUUUGUGUGCGCGGCUAACGGAGCGCAGACUGACGGCUCGCGUCCCGCUGCCGGAGUGCCACCGAGCCGGGACACUGGUUUCUCCGUGUCUGUGAUGUGAGGCUCCGCCCACCGGGCCGUCAUGGCCAGCCUCACGCUGCGGUACUUCUGCUACGGCUGCCUCGCCACCUCCGUCACCUGGUCGCUGCUCCUCUUCCUCUACUUCUCUCUGGGGGCGGAGUCCAACCGCGGCCGCACGCCGCUGCAGCACCGCGGACACCAGCCAAUCACGGGAGCCCUGGGGGCCCGGGGUCCGGGGCGCCGCCCCCACCCGGCCAAACAGGGAGCGGAGCUGUCCCCGGAGAUGGGGAUGAUCUUUAACGAGGCCGAUCAGGAGCUCAGGGAUUCCGGGUACCACCGCCACGCCUUCAACGUCUUGAUCUCCACCCGACUCGGAUCGCACCGCGAGCUGCCCGACACCCGGGAUGCCCAGUGUCGGGACAGGUCCUACCCCCCGGCUCUGCCCCCCGCCAGCGUGGUGAUCUGCUUCUUCAACGAGGCGCUGUCCGCCCUGCUGAGGACCGUCCACAGUGUCCUGGACCGGACGCCGUCCGUCCUGCUGCACGAGAUCAUCCUGGUGGACGACCACAGCGAGCUCGACGAGCUGAAAGAUGAGCUGGACCGGCUGGUUCGGGACGAGCUGCCAUCCAAAGUGAAGGUGGUGAGAAACCAGAGGAGGGAGGGACUCAUCAGAGGACGGAUGAUUGGAGCCUCGCACGCCACCGGUGAGGUCCUGGUCUUCCUGGACAGCCACUGCGAGGUGAACCAGGCGUGGCUGCAGCCGCUGCUGGCGCCGAUCCAGAAGGACCGCCGGACGGUGGUCUGCCCCGUCAUCGACAUCAUCUCCGCCGACACGCUGGCCUACUCCCCCUCCCCCAUCGUCCGGGGGGGCUUCAACUGGGGGCUGCACUUCAAGUGGGACCCCGUCCCCCCCUCAGAGCUGAACGGGCCCGAAGGAGCCACCGGACCCAUCAGGUCCCCCACCAUGGCUGGAGGCCUGUUCGCCAUCAACAGGAAGUUCUUCAACGAUCUGGGACAGUACGACUCUGGGAUGGACAUCUGGGGCGGCGAGAACCUGGAGAUCUCCUUCAGGAUCUGGAUGUGCGGCGGUCAGCUGCUCAUCAUCCCCUGCUCCAGGGUCGGACAUAUCUUCCGGAAGCGGCGGCCGUACGGCUCCCCGGGGGGUCAGGACACCAUGGCCCACAAUUCAUUGCGGCUGGCGCACGUGUGGAUGGACGAGUACAAGGAGCAGUAUCUGUCUCUGCGUCCUGAGCUGCGUGGGCGGAGUUUCGGUGACAUCAGUGAGCGCGUGGCUCUCCGUCAGCGUUUGGGCUGCCGCUCCUUCCGAUGGUACCUGAACACGGUGUACCCCGAGAUGCAGACCGUCGCCAACGGCAACAAGCAGCCGCAACAGCCGGUUUUUAUCAACAAGGGUCUGCGGCGGCCCAAAGUCCUGCAGCGGGGACGGAUUCGUAACCUAGCAACCGGUCGAUGCCUGUCAGCACAGGGUCGAGCCAGCCAGAAGGGCGGCGCCGUUGUGCUGCGGCCAUGUGAUCCUCGAGAUCCUGAGCAGGAGUGGAGCUACGACGAGGACGGCCAGCUGCUGCUCGCCGCCCUGCUCUGUCUCGACGUCUCUGAGGUUCGAACCUUCGACCCGCCGAGACUCAUGAAGUGUCACGGAUCAGGGGGGUCGCAGCAGUGGAGUCUGGGGAAGUCCAACCGGCUGUACCAGGUGUCCGUCGGUCAGUGUCUGGCCGUCACUCAGCCAGUCGGACCCAAAGGUUACGUCUCCAUGGCGAUCUGUGACUCCUCCCAGGCACAGCAGUGGCAGCUGGAGCUGUGAGGACACCUCAGGAGGCUUCAGGAAGUCUCCUCUCAGAGGACACCGGGUUUUAGGUGUGAUUUGUCCUUUUAAACUGGAUUCUAGGAGCUCAGUCAGUCCAGGAGAGUCCAGAACCGUCCAGGACAGCCAGGGUGGACCAGGACCGUCCUGUCCUGGGGGACUGUUCAGGACCGUCCUGGGGGACUGUUGGGGACAUCCCAGAUCGUCCUGGACUGUCUGCUGUGUUUUAGUGUGUUUUUAGGGCAGAGUGUGUAACGUGUUGUCGUGUCUACAGACUUUUUAAACUCAUUUCAACAA